GGUCAUGGGUGUGGCAUGUCUCCUAUCCAGCACUUGUAAUUGAAGCUGUUGUUACUGCACUUGGCUUACAUGUUUACUACAAAAUGAGGGAAUGGGGCUGAUGCCAGCGCUUUUUCAGAAGUUUAAAUGUGUGAAAGGGUUGCACACUCUUGAUGCAGAUUGGAUUACUUAUGAUCAACAGUAUGGACAUUUAGAUUCUCCUUCUAACUGCUUUGUCCAGAUGUCUGCAACAGCAGGGAUGGUGGCAGUGAAUGAGCGUGUUGGGCAGUGGCAGAUAAUGCUCUUGUUGCUGCUUGGCUGUAAUUAUGCCAUUGUUGGUAUCAACCACACUCUACCUACAUUCCAAGGCUAUACACCAAAUUACUUUUGCCAGAAUGACAAUGCGAGUGCAGCAACUGAAGGAUGUGUGAACGUGCUCAAUUCAUCUGUUAUGCAAACUGAACCAAGCUGUCCACGGGGUUACCAGUUUAAAUCUAAUCGUGGUGACUGGACAGUUGUUACUGAGUGGCAGUUGGUAUGUGAACGUCGUUUCCUACGGCCCUUGUUAGCCACUUUAUACUUCUGUGGAGUAACAAUAGGGGCAAUUACAUGUGGUCUCUUGGCUGACCAUUAUGGUAGGCGACCAGUUGUUCUCGUCUGUCUUUAUGUUCAGGGGCUUCUGGGUGUCAGUUUGUUUUUUAUGCAAACUCUUGAAGGUUUCAUGACUAUUCGUUUCAUUCAAGGAUUCUUUGUACAGGGUUUACAGGGCACAACGUUCACUCUUUUGGUAGAAACAUUUCCUCGGCGGUUUCGUACGGCAGUUGGUGUUGUACUGGAGUUAUACUGGGCAUUUGGACUAGUUUACCUCGCUGGAGCAUCAUAUUACAUACCUAAUUGGCGCCCACUGGAAUUGGUACUUUCCAUACCUACAGCAGCAACUUUGCUGUAUGUUUGCUUGGUUCCUGAGUCUGCACGAUGGUUGGCUGUCCAUGGCAGAGCAGAUGCACAGAAAACAAGGAAGAGACUUUUACCAUGUAACGAAACAGAUGUAUCAAAUGACAAAGAUUCUGUCAAAAUGAUAACUGAGGAAUUAAAAUGUGCUGAAUGUGAUAGUGGCCAUUCAUAUGAAAAUAAAAUCACUAGAAACCAGCUGACUGUAAAUAAUGAUAUAAUAGAGGUUGAAACCAGUAACAUUCCUGUUGACAGGGCUCUCUUUGAUUAUGUAAACACUGGGAUCAAAUUGCCAGCUAAUCAAGGGAGAGCUUGCAAGGGGAUAAUGAAGCAAGAGAUAGUGAAAGAUAAACUGAAAGAUUGUUCAGGGUUGUGUGAUGACUUAUCAGUUGGCACUGAACAUUCAGGAAUAGUGCCAAAUCACAUAAGCAGUGUAGAAAACAGUAGUUACAGUAAUCUGUGUAAACACAAUGAUGGUGAUUCCAACAAGUCACAGAUUAUUUAUUAUUCAGAGGCUUCUGAUGGCAGCAUGAUAGAAGACAGCUAUUUAUUGCAUUCUACUAUGAUGUAUGAAUAUAAGAAAAAUAUAGAUGGAAUACAUGGAGAGGACAAAAAGAAAGAGGAAAAGCUGAUCAAUGGUGAAGAAAUGGCUGAUGUUACUCUAGUGCAUACCAAUAGUCAAAGCAAUAGCAUGAUGAAAAGUAAUUUUGAUGGAGAAUUUAAAAUGGAAUUAUUGUGCAAAGAAUGCAGGGGGAUGCUGCAAGGAUAUUCAUUAAACAGAAUAAAUUCUAAUAAUGAUAUGUCUGUAGAUACUAUUGGUUGCUCUUGUCAUUCUGAGAUUAGAAAGAAAAUUGGUGAUCCACAAAGCAGCAGUGAAUAUAAUCCAUAUAAUUCUCACAGAAGUAUGAGUAGGAGUGAAAGUGAUGGACUGAAUUAUAUAUGGACAAAAACUGCACAAGAUCUUAAAAGUAAUAAUGAAUCAGCUACAGGUGUGCAAAGUAUGUCUGUUAUAACUGAUAACACUAUAACUCAGGAUGGCAGAAAUGAAGGGAUAAGCAUAGGAAAAACAUUUACAUCAGAUGAUAAAAAGGUGGGUUCUGAUCCAGUAGGGAUCACAUACAGAAAACUAGCAUUAGAGGAAGAAUAUGGGAUGGUCUGCAAAAAUAAGAUAGUGAAAAUAAAUAGUACUGUGACAGAAGACAGUGGAACUACCAGUGACACUGUGUGUGAUAGAGCACUGAUAGAGAAUUCAAGUGGUAAAGAUAUGAGCCAUGAUGAUGGAGCAAUCUGGAAUAACAUGGCUAAGAUAUGUGAGAGCAUAGAACACAGAACUGUGACUGUACCCAAGAUCCUGGAUUCAGCAACAAAAAGAACUGGUUUCAUUGAGCUAUUCAGAAAUGCCGUUCUUCGAAAAUACCAUCUAACAAUGGUAUUUGUGUGGUUUAGUGUCUCAUUAUUGUACUAUGGCAUCAUGUUUCAUCUCCCUGAUCUGAGUGGUGAACGACAUUUGAAUUUUUUGUUGGGUGCCGUUGUAGAAGUCUUAUCUUAUGUUUUGGCAUACAUCAUAUUGUCACGAUUUGGACGUCGAAUACCCAUGGCUAGUUUCCUGCUCAUAAGUGGUCUCAUCUGUAUAAUAGUUGGGGCUGUCAGUAGAGUACCAGAAGAAGAUGGCUAUUGGAUUGGUAAAACUCAGACAGCAUUUGCCCUGAUAGGUAAAGGAGUAGUCGUAAGUGGUUUUUGUACUAUGUUCCUGUAUGCAUCUGAGCUGUUUCCAACAGUAUUAAGAGGUGUGGCCAUGGGCCACUGUGGCUUCUGGGGAAGAGUUGGGAGCCUUAUUGCACCACAGCUACUGUUUUUGGGUGAAUAUACACUGCCAGCAGUUCCACUAGUAAUCAUGGGUGUUCUGGGAAUGUUGGCGGGACUAUCAGUACUUGUCCUUCCUGAGACACUAGGGCACCAGCUGCCUGACACUGUAGAGGAAGUUGAAAUAUUGGUUAGAAAUAAGCACCAGAUAGAGAAAGAGCUUCCACAUAGUUAAGCACUAUACAGCAGUAACAACAGCUGUUUUUUUAAGUGCUGCUUGUAUUUAACAGAAGAAAACUAUGGCCUGGGCUCGAUCCCGGGUCUGGUCAAGUAGGACAAAGUGCUGCUGGGGCAGGUUUUCUCCGAGUACUUCAG